AUGACAUUUCAAGCCGUGUACAUCUUGCAUUGGACGGCGGGCUCAUCGGUGGUGCUGCAACACCACCCCGGCGAGGGCGUUGUCCUUGCUGCCGUGGGGUUCAGGUCGCGGGACCGUCAGCAGCGGCUGGAGAGGGUAAACAAGGGUGCAUGUUGCUGGGUCCCCAGACCAGAGUAUCUAACCGAGGGGAACGGUGACAUCAAGGAAAAGGACGCAAGGGAUGGAGAGAAGGAGAAAGGAGGCAGAACAGGGGGUUGGAGCUCGGCCGAGCCAAAUCGCCAUGAUGCGCCAGAUCCGGUCAGCGAGAGUGGGCUGAGUCGCCGGGUGUUGACAGAGCUGGCGGACAGGGCCAGGACAGGGCCAGGACAGGGCCAGGACAGGGCGGGGCAGGGUAAGGGGACGGCGGCGACACGAGGAUUACGAGGAAAACUCUGUUGUUCUUUCUUUUUUCUCCCUUCCAUCCCGCCAUCAUCACCAUCAAGGCGGAGAUUUACCAAGACUCGGAUGUGCCGCACCGGCAGGUCCAUAUGGGCCUGGUCCCCGGCCCUGGAGAUCCUCGAUCUGCCCUGCCUCCCAACCCUCGCGUGGCCCCUGGGUGGGCAGAGGGCCGGUCUGGGGCCCUUUGAGGAAGGAAGGCCGUGCUUGGCGAUGGCUCCGCAGGUUCGGGGCGCCAGGUCGGAUUAG